CAGCGGGGAGCGGGCGGAGGGGACGGAGCCCCACGGAGCCAGCCCCGCGCCCCAUCCCCGCCCUGCAGCCGCGCCCGGAGUCCUGGCGACCGUCUGCUUCGACGAUCGUGAUCUGAAGAUGGCUGCGCAGUCAGCGCCAAAGGUUGUGCUAAAGAGCACCACCAAGAUGUCUCUGAACGAGCGCUUUACUAAUAUGCUGAAGAACAAACAGCCGAUGCCAGUGAAUAUUCGGGCUACCAUGCAGCAGCAGCAGCAACUGGCCAGUGCCAGAAACAGAAGACUGGCCCAGCAGAUGGAGAAUAGACCUUCUGUUCAGGCUGCCUUGAAGCUUAAGCAGAAGAGCUUAAAGCAGCGCCUGGGUAAAAGUAACAUCCAGGCACGAUUAGGCCGGCCAGCAGGACCCCUGGCUCGUGGAGCUGUUGGAGGACGAGGGCUACCUAUGGGUCAGAGAGGUUUACCACGAGGAGCCAUGCGUGGUGGACGUGGAGCGAGGGCGUUGCUGAGAGGAGGCAUUCCCCUCAGAGGUCAGAGUUUACUUCGAGGAGGACGUGGUGUAUCCCCUAGAAUGGGCCUGAGAAGAGGUGGCAUUAGAGGUCGUGGUGGACCUGGGAGAGGUGGUCUAGGCAGAGGAGCCAUGGGUCGUGGAGGAAUUGGUGGCAGAGGUCGUGGCAUGGCCGGCCGGGGAAGAGGGGGCUUCGGUGGUCGUGGCAGAGGCAGAGGACGAGGAAGAGGGUCUGCACGUCCUGCGUUGACCAAGGAACAACUGGACAACCAAUUAGAUGCUUACAUGUCUAAAACGAAAGGACACCUCGAUGCUGAGCUGGAUGCUUACAUGGCUCAGACAGAUCCAGAAACCAAUGACUGAAGGUCCUUCUGAUAGACUCUCAUUGAAGUUAAUGUGUAUGUCAAUGCCCAUAAGCUAAAAAUGGAAAAACCUGAUUCAUGCUGGAAGGACCUGCAGGAACAG